CAAUUUGUGUGUAAAUAAUCCCGCUUGAGCAUCACGCCUUUAGUUGUUCAGCUUUUCCCGGGAGAUUUCCCGCCAUUCCCAAUGUAAUUUAGUAUUACUUAUUUCCCACCACACACAGUCACACAGUAUUCCACCGCCAAAAUGAAACCCUCCACCUCCACCGCAGCCGCCACGGACCGCCCUCCACCGCCGCCGCUAACCGACGCCGACAUAAUACAAUUAGCCCAACAAAAACGUCACAGCUCUUCCCAAGCCACCACCACCACCGCACCUCCUCCACUUCCGCCGUUCCUUCUCUCGGAAUCCUCCCAUGAAACGCUCCUUUCCUACCUUCAAACUCGAGCUACCAGUUCUCCCAACCCCGCUCCGGCCGUCUCCGAUUAUGCCGCCGCUCUCAUUUCUCUCUCUCUUCUUCACCCUUCCCUCUCUUCCCUCCUCUCCUCCCUUCUCCUCUCCUACGCUUCUCUCUUUACAGCCCACAAAAUCCCACAUGACCGCUUCUCUCUUUCCACUAUCCAGCUUUUCGCAACCCACCUCGAGUCCGUUCCGGUACCGAAAUUACCCUCAAUCAUCGACGUUAUUACCUCAUACACCCCUCAGAUAUCAGAUUCCGAAGAUGCCCAGUUGCUAAUUCUCCUCCCAAAAUGCCUUGACUUGAUUAGAGUUUCAAACGAGAUUGAGAAACCUUACGCGUGUAUAAAUUCGGUGAUUGAUACUCUGAUCAAAUCGAAGUGGAGUAAGGUGUUCUUGGUGAAAAUGGUGGAAAUUAUCCGGGAAUUCUCAUUUCUGAAUAGAGAGAAAAGAAGGGAUUUCUUGGGGAAAAUUUUUUAUGGGAUGAGGGAUGUGGAGUUGCAGGAUUUGCCUGGGUUGGUUUACCAGUUGCUGGUUUUGGCGUCGAAAGGGUUUAGUAAGAAGGAAGUGAUAGAAGGGAUUGUGAUGUAUUUUGGUGAUGAAUUUCAGGGGAAGAAGGGCAGCUCAAUAGUAAAACAAGUUGAAGGGACUGUUUUACUCCAUGUGAAUUUUUCUGUGAAGCAGGAUCCUUCUUUAGGGCAGGAAGUUCUGGGUCUAGUUAAGUUGGAUUCUAGGGCAUUUAAUCAUUUUACAGUUUCUGUCCUGUUUUCGGUUGCUCGAGUUAGGAGAUUUUGUGAGAGUUCUAUUGGAAUCUUGAAGACUACUCUUCUUUCUGCUUAUAAAGACUACAUGUUUGCAAGAGAGUGCAAGUGGUUACCUGAAGAUUUGAAGGAAGAGUACCUAAAGAUUGCUCAAUUGAUGGAGAAAGCUAUCAUAAGAGCUGUAACUUUUACUUGCUCCUCCUAUUUUUCUCUGUUCAUUUUCUCUGUAGUCAUGGUUCCACAAAAGAUGAAAAGUAAAUGAAAUAAUGUCCAUAUUUUAGAAGGGAAAGUAAGUGAAUGCCUAAUCAUUGACUUGAGCACAGACACGGCCCUCAUGGUUUAAUGAGAAAUUAAUUAUCUUGAGCUUCCCUUAGCUUUUGGUGAAUAAAAAUUUGCAGCUAAAGACAUUAUUGGAAACAAAUUGGAAAGAGAUAGCACUGCUAAGAGCUUUUCAACUCAAAUAAAAAUGAAAUCGUUGGCUAAUGCCUAGUGUAGGAAAAAAUGAUGUAAUGUGCUGCACUACUCUUGGCGUUUAUUCAGUUUCUUUCUUACUGCUUACUUGUUGUGCUUUUAAUCUUUAUGUAUCAUCUGAGGCCAUCCUUCAAUGGGCCGAUACUUCUUUUGUUUUUGCCUUUCAAUUCUCACAGAUUAAUGAAAGCAAUUAUGGAAGAGAGCAUGUCAUUCCAAGCAUUGUGCAAUUUGGUUUUGCAUUGCUUGAAGGAAUCGAAGAUGGAAGCAAAAAAGGACUCAGCAAGGCUGAUGGCUUAUUGGGUACUGAGGAGUUGGGUAUGGAAAUGUUGAAAAGUUCAUUUGAGGUUCAUGACAUGGCAAGAAAGGAGAUAAUUGAGCAAUGCAAAUUUCGCAUACUCUCCUCGAAGCCACAUCAAGCCUUGCCAAUUUUAAGAUUGUUUGAACAUCUAAUUAAGGGUCACCCAAACCAAAUGUUGGAUUAUGUUGCACAUCUCAAGGAAUUGUUGGAUUAUUUCACAUUUACCGAUGCCAAGGUUUCUUCACAAGUAGUAUCUGUCUUAUUGCCUCUAACAAAAUUCAGCCCUGACCUUCAGGAUUAUAUGGUUUUAGUCUUGAGGAAGGCUAUGUUCAGAAGAGAGGACUCGGUUCGUCUUGCUGCAACCAAUUCGAUUAUUAGUUUGAUAUUGGCAGAAAAGCAACGUAUAAAAGAUGGACCAUUUUCCUUUCAAGAAUCAAGCAGCCAAGCUAGUUGUAGUCAACAGGCUGAAAUACCCUGUAUUAAAGAGGCUGGUCUUUUUAGAGAACUCAGUGGUUUGCUUCAGAGAUGCCUCUAUCAGCAGGCAAAAGUAAGAGAGGUGCUGUAUCAUGGACUUGUAAAGCUUGUAUUAGCGGAUCCUUUAUCUGCUGGCUCUGUUUUUGAUUUUCUUUUGCCUCACUUCUUACGAUAUUACAGAGAGGAUGCAGAAAUUCUACUGGAUAUUACUCACUCCCUUAAGUCAGACAAUGGCAAGCUUUAUAUUGGAGAGCCUUUAGAUUCUCUUCUCUCUUGCGUCUCUUGGAUUCUUCUUCUUCAGCCUCAAGAUAAAGCAGAUCAACCUCGGGAUUCAUGGGCUAGUUUUGGCUUCUCUCUGACACAGGAAAAUGAGGCUGGAAGAACAAUCUCUGGAGAAACAUUUUCGAACGCUUUAUCGAAGAUACGGAAGUUCCUGAGGCAGUCAAAUUUGGAAGGCUUACUGGGGAAAACCUGUGAUUCAGAAUCUUCAACUUCUGAAGAAAAAAAUAGUAGCUUCCAUGCUGUUGUUUUAUUAGGGAUUAUUGAGGUGGUAUUGAAUAUCAUUAUCAAUGAGCUGGAGAAAGGAAUUGACUUAAAGAAAGUGGAAUUGCAGAAAGAGCUCUUGGAUUUUGUCAAUAUUCAUAAUUCCCUGGAAAAGUUUACGUCCACCUCAAGGCAAGCAAGAAAGACUGUUCGUCCUACUGCCAGUGACCUGGUUGAUAAGUUCACUAGCAGUGGUCAUACGCUACCACAGGGUAGAAUUUCUUUCUUGGCAACUUCGAGUAUACAUUAUCUUUUGCAAAAGGCACCAGAACAAUUGCAACUUAAUGGUUCUGCCCAUGUAACUUCUCAGAAUAAUAGCCAGUUGUCCUCCAGUAAGGCAUCAGAUGGGAAUUCUAAAAUGUUUCUCUUUAUGCUGCACAUUUGCCUACAUCAAUUAACAUCACUACCAUUUGCGGAAAGAGAAGAUUCUCUCUGGAUGUUGGUUUAUGGAGAAAUCAAGUUAUUGGGACCUCCUUUGCUGAAACUGGUUUUAUUGCUGACAUCUGCUCCAGAUAAUCAGACUAGCCUGAUAAAGAACGAUACCAAGAAGAAGAAAAUAGAUGACCGAAAGGAAUAUAUUCAUUUAGCUUUGAUGUGCUUGAAAAAUUUGAUAACUUCAACAUUGGGUACCCCCGGAUACAGUGAAUUCAUAGAAGAUAUGAUGUCACUCUGUGAAUCUGAGCUUCAAUCAAGAGGUAUUCUGGAUGCUGACGGAACCUAUGAAUAUGGUACAGCUGAUAGCCGAGUUGAUCACAGUUCAAAGAGCGAUGUGAUGUUCAUUAGAAAGUGUAUGGUUCCCUUGGUCAUCGAUUUGCUUAAAGUUUCCUUAUUCCGUGAAGUUGAGGUUAUCUGUGACAUAAUAAUGAUGAUUGGCAAUCAAAUCCCUGCUGAUUGCCAGGGUCUUGUUGGAGCAUGGAUCCUGCGUAUCUGUAAAAUCAGUCAUUUGCAAAAUUCAAAGGUUGCUAGAAGUUUGGUUUCUCUGGUUGUUUCAUUAAGCUUACCUCCAAAUGACUUGAUAAUUUCUGAAGAUUUGGCUUCAGAACUUCUGAAAGUAGUGGGAUCAGAAGCUACUGAACCAGAGGACGUGUCCGAGAAGUUUCAUGUUCUGAACAAAGCAACUCAUGCUGCAAUAGCCUCUUCCAUAUUGCAGCUUCUUGAGUCAAAUAUUACCGACAUGGAUUCUAUCAUAAAUAAACUGAUAGCUUACUCUACAGCUGCUAGGAAAGGUGUAUCUCUCGAUCCUAACAGAAAGAUUGGUCCUAGAUUGGCAUUAGAGGAGUCUCUCUACUCCAGGAUGCAAGCUGUUGUGAAGGUCUUGUCUUAUUUUGUACUGAUGAACCUGAAAGAUCCCCAAGCCGAACAUUUCUUGAGUUUGGCUGCAAAACUGUAUAAGGAUUUAGCUAGAGUGGCAAAGCUUCAAAUAUCCCCCAGAGGUUGCAUUCAAGCUUUACCAAGCCUCAAGUAUCAGAAGCUGGUUGAAAUAACCUGUAGGCAGCUGACAGCUCCUCUGUAUAAAUUUAUGGACAUGGUGCAAAAGAAUCAACAAGAGUGUACAAACACCAAAGGAAUGGCUAGCAAAAUUAGAAGGGAAAACAAAUGCAUCCCAGACUUAAUCUUCCAGAUAGAAGACUAUGAGAAGUAUCUCAUCCUGCUCAGCAAGGCAACCAAAACGAAUUUACUAAGGUACGCAAAGCGAAGCACUUCGAGGGACUUCAAGAUAUUAGAUACCAAAGACUUUGCCAUGGAAGAAGAAGAAGAAGAAGAAGAGAGAAACGGAGACAAUGAAGAAAAUGCAGCAGAAGGUGAUGAACCAUCUGAAGAGGAAUGUGGUGAAGAAAGGGAGGAAGGAAAUGGCGGGGUGGAAAACGUGUUAUCCCCUGAAUCAGAGGUUCCAACGGCUGCAGAAGAUUCUGUAUCGGAUGAUGAUGAAGGCGAAGAUAAACAUCCAAAUGGAGUAAGAUCAAAGAGGCGAAGAGUUGUGAAGGACGAGUCUGAUGAUGAAGAAAUGGCUUCUGGUCAGAGCUUAGCAUUCUGAAAUGUUAUUGAUUUUUACAGUUUCCAGUAUAUAUGAAAAAAGGACUUAUUACUGUGGUUUUACUUAUUAUCUUGUAGAGUUACCGGAGUUCGAAGUAAGUUUUUUUGUUUGUUCCUUCGAAAACACUAAAAUAUGCAAGCAAAUCAUUGCCUCAUGCAUGUUUGUUUUGUCUCCAGUUUGGGUCAAUUAUUCCCAUGGACUGAGGUGUUUUUGACUAAUGCAAUCAUACAACUGUUCUUUGGC